AGUAUUUUGUUAGCUUAGCAUUUUCUCGCAACCUCGCAUCGCUCUUAUCGCCAUAGCCACCAGGUCCAGCUCAAGGGGAAGCGCUGUGUCAGCAUUUGAGCUCUAUCAAGGUUGACAGCGCUAUGGCGUGCACAAGAGUAGCAGCGGUCGCGGCAGAUUCGCCUGGUCUGCACGUUUGCGAGGCCGGAUCCAGGGCUUCCACCAGCAGCUUGUCGCCGAGAGCCUCCAUUGAGCACGUGAGGCUCUCGCCACGCGCUCUCACUCUCAAUGAGUCCGUAAAUAAGAUUCAGAUAUUCAGUGGUAGGCAGAGUGGUUACGAUGGAGUGAGGAGAAUCCAGCCAAUUCGAGCGCAAGCUGUGGAUAACGAGCUGGAAUCAAAUGGGACUUCUGCUACUGCUACUUCGCAGAAGACUACCUUCUUCUACUUGGUUGCGAAUGCAAAGUUUAUGUUGGAUGAUGAAGAGCACUUCCAAGAGCAAAUGCAAGAGAAGUUGCGUAUGUACGGAGAGCGUAACAAGGAACAAGAUUUCUGGAUAGUGCUUGAACCUGAGUUCCUCGACAAGCAACCAGAGGUUGCCAAGCGAGUGGGCAGACCGGCUGUUGCACUCGUGUCGACUGACAAAGUUUGGAUCACGUUCAUGAAGCUGAGGUUGGACAGAGUGCUGAAAGGAGAACUUAUUGUGAAUUCUGCAGACGAAGCAUUGACAGGCAAGCUGACCACUGUUACGUUUGAACGACCAGCAAAGUGGAUUGCCCCUUACCCCAAAUACGAGGGUGACUGGUGGACUCCGUUCCUGUACAAGAAGAACUAGACCGUUGUUCUUUUUAAAUAUAUCGCAUUUUGAACUUUCAGUCCCUUUCGUUCUAGUCUUGUUGCUGCAGACUCGGGGAUUAUCAACAUUAUGCGGGUGACUCCGUGCUGAACUAGAUCAUUUAGAUCAAAGGUCCAAGAGCUCGUGAGUGUGGAUAGUAAGACAGUGAAUACGAGUGCGAGAACUGAUAGGAACUAGACAGAGGUAGUAGAGGAGCAUCACAAAGACGUGUAGGCUUCAGCCUUGGUGUUGUGUCGAGAAUCAUUAGGGCUUACAAAGGUUUCUUCUAGGGUCUCAAGGAUGCCGACGAAUCAGAAAGGCUUUGGCCAGGACCUCUCUUUGAGCACAUUUUUUACCCUCCUGCUCUGAAUGAUCUCAACUAUUAUACUGGAGAAUCAAUUGAGAUUCACAUUAAAUAAUCGCACUAUAACAAGUCCAGUGUUUGCUCA